AUGGCGGGUGCCGGCCGCGUCUGGCGGCUCGGAGCGCUGCUGUUGCCGCCAGCCUGGCGGCUGCGGGCCCCGGGACGAGCUUUCGGCGCCGCGGCGGGACGGGGAGGCAGCAGCGGCGGCCGCCUGGUGCUGGGCGCUGCGUUCGCUCUGGGCGGCACCGCCGGGCUGUGCCUGGCGGCGCGGCAGCGCCUGCGGGAGCACUCGGCCGCUGAGCUGCCUGCAGGGAGCCUGCAGCUCACUCUCUACCAGUAUAAAACGUGUCCUUUCUGCAGCAAAGUCCGAGCUUUUCUUGAUUAUCAUGGACUGCCCUAUGAAAUUGUGGAAGUGAACCCAAUCAUGAGGAAAGAGAUCAAAUUCUCUUCCUACAGAAAGGUGCCCAUCCUGCUAGCCAAUGCUGGGAGCCCUCUGCAAUUGAACGACUCCUCGGUGAUAAUCAGUGCAAUAAAGACCUAUCUUGUUUCCAGGAGGAAUAGCUUAGAAGAAAUCGUGUCCUUUUAUCCACCUAUUAAAACAGUGACUGAAAAAGGCAAGGAGGUGGUUGAGUAUGAGAAUAAAUACUGGCUCAUGCUGGAUGAGAAGGAGACCAAAAGAGUCUAUCCUGUCAAAGAAGUGAGAGUGGAAGAAAUGAAAUGGAGAAAGUGGGCAGAUGAUUGGCUUGUUCACCUCAUCUCCCCCAAUGUUUACCGCACCCCCAAAGAAGCCUUGGCAUCUUUUGAUUACAUUGUCCGUGAGGGGAAGUUUGGCACCUUGGAAGGUCUCUUUGCCAAAUACGUGGGGGCUGUUGCCAUGUUCUUCGUUAGCAAGAGGCUGAAGAAAAGACACCAGCUUCGAGAUGAUGUCCGAGAAGAUUUGUAUCAAGCAGUUAACGAGUGGGUGAAAGCUGUUGGCAAAAAUCGACUGUUCAUGGGUGGGAACCAGCCAAACCUCGCUGACCUGGCAGUGUACGGGGUACUCCGGGUCAUGGAAGGGCUGGAAGCCUUUGAUGACAUGAUGGCUCACACCAAUAUUCAGCCUUGGUACCAGCGCAUGGAAGAAGUCAUUGAAAAAACUGGAGUUGCAAUCUGAUGCCAGCUGCAGCUGCCUCCCUGAAGUACUUGCAUGGUGAAAACUUCAGAAGAAAUGGCUUUUAUUUUUAGAGUUGACUGGUCACACCUAAUGGACUGACAUGUGGGCACAGAGCCCACCCCGUUCAGAACAUCAAGUUGCUGUGAGAGAAGGGUCCAGCUGGGUGUUUGUAGAAGGAUGGGGACAGGUAAAAGAAAGAGAUUUUGGAUGCUGCUGGAAAGGAGACGCUUUGAACUGAAGAAUGCAAUGAAAAGGCUUCUUUCAGAUAAGAGACACCCUCAGAGCAGGUUACUGUAAAAGCAAGAUGCUCUUGGCUGGUGUUAUGGCUGUGUCAGAUGUGGUAGGCCUGACCAGCUUUUUCCUCAGGCUAUCUUCUGCUACUCAUCCAUGUCACCUAAAGUGUUUUCCUAACUAAGACACUGGAUACUGGUUUUUAAGUGACAAUAUUUCCUGCAAUAGCAUCUUGUAAACCUAGUGUUAAGGGAACUGGAGGAAUCUGCAGUGAUGGAGAAGGCACCCUUCCUCUGACAGCAGCAAGGCUGCACUCAGCAAGGCAUCUGCUUUCACUCUUCCAUGUAAACGGUUCUCUCAGGAUUUGAUUCUGUACGGUCUGCAAGGAUAAAGGCUGGCUUUAUUCUGUC